AUGUGUUCCGCCAACAACGACAACCUGGCCAGCACCAACGGUGUUGGCCCUGGUAGUUGUGGCCCAACAACCCAGCCUGAGAUCAUCCCCGGCAUUCCGACUUACUCAACUACCCCGGCGAAUCUGCGUUGUUGCUGUGGACGCCAGGAUUGUGCCCUGUUGGAGCAUAAUUCUCUUGCGCUGGAAGGGUUGGAGAAGGAUCUUGCGACGGCGGCGCGCUUAGGACAGGCUCUCCUCCAUCGUCAUGAGAGUUAUAUGGCGGAGGCGGAAGAGGAUCGCCAGCGAUUAGUCGAUAAUGCCGAUGCGCUGGAGCGUGAGAAGCGUCAGGUUCAGGUCGAGAAUGCGCGUAUCGUCGAGGAGAACCGAAGUCUGCUUGAGCAACUCGAGGGUUUGAAUCAGAGUGUUGCCGAGUCGGAUGAUCGUGUCGAGUCGCUUACGCUUACUCUGGAAAGUACGCAGGCUGAGCUACGCCGGUUGACAGUUGCCGCAUCGAGGGCGGCAGAGCUUGAGGCCCAGCUUGUUCUAGUGGAGACCGAGCAGUCCAGAUUACAGGAAUGUCUUUCUUCUGCGCAAGAAGAUGAGAAAUCUGCUAUGCAGCGGUGGAGGAAUGCCGAGAGUGCCCUCCGUGAUUUGAAUGAUCAGGUUGAGCGCAUCGAGGCUGAGGCGAGAGAGGAGCGUGAGAGGCACGAAGAACUUGUUCAGCGCAUGGAGCGGAAACGACAUGUUGAGCGCGAGCUGGAUAAUGCUGCUGGUCGCUUGAAAGGUGCCGCUGCGGCGUCCGAAAUUGGCCGCAAUCCUGGCACUCCUGUCGUCUCGCGAUUCGUCAAGGAUAUCCUGCAGGAUAAUGCGAAUCUGCAGGUUGGUAUUAUGGAGCUUCGUGAGAUGCUCGAAAGUUCUAAUCAGGAGGUCCAAAAUCUCCGCGAUCAGGUUCUGUUUCAUCAGCCGCUGGACGGUAUAGGUGAGGAGCAAUCUGAUGGAGCGCGCACGCCGACUCUGUGUGAGGAGCUGGAGUCGAAGGAACGUCGUGUCUCGCAGGAGUUCCAUAUUCACCAUCAUUACCACACCCCGCCGACGAAGAAGGAUAAGGGUUCGGUCAAUCGUCGCGUCAAGAAGAAGCGUCCUUCCCUGGGUAGCCCGGUUCCCUUACAUUCCGCGAUGGGCACGAAUUCACCUCGUCGAUCUAUCCAUCGCUCCCAAUCAUCCGGUUCAUCUAUGAAUACGAUCCUCUCACACACUUCUGUCUCGAUCCCACCACCGUCCUCUCGCCGUUGGUCCUACCAAUCACCUCCCGCGGAUUCGUUGGCCAGCUCGCCGCAAUCUGCAUUCCGAACAUCCUCAAUAUUCGACCGUGUUGAUCGCGGCACAGAUUUCUCUGAACCGACAAGCCCCGAAAGCACUGUGUUUUCAUCGCCACUCAUGCAAGCCAGAGGCCUCAAGGGUAUCGACAUGCCAUCCCGCCCAUUGCCAGGACUCGGUUCUCCCGAAAUUCCCGAGAAUUCGUCCGGUAUUUUCAACGACGAGCACUAUGACCGAACAGGUUUCUUGGAUCUCGCAGAACCUGUCAUCCCAGAAGAAUCCGAACCAUCAUCAUCUGGAAUUUGGUCUCAACAUGUACCUGGCGAUCAGCCCACAGACAACCCAUUCGGCAUACAAGUACCUUUACCUACACUCCGCAAAUCAUCGUCCCACGACAGUCUACUUUCCGUAGCUGGCAUGGAUAUCCACACCCCUAUAACCCGCCACUCCCGAAUGGGCGACUGGCAUCCCGGCAUGCGCAUCCCGCAACGCAUCGUCUCACCUAGCGUGGAGCUGGUCUCCACGCCACCCGUCCUUUCCGCGCCAAUAAUCACAGUCGACCGCGCCAGGGCCCCGGAGAAGUCAUCUCGAUCUUUACUAGCCUCCAUGGCAGCCAGUAACAGCGUGACCUCGGACACAGCGUCUGCUGUUUCGGCAGAGAGUGCCAGCACCAGUUCUGCCACCCCGGCCCCGCGGAAGACGACGACAUUGGGUCGACGCAUGGGAGGCUGGGUUCUGGGGAAGUGGGGUACAGCACCUGUCCCUACGGAGUGCGAUGAGAAUGAAGCGAACGAGACGACAGCUUCAAACGAGCCUGGCCCUGGACCCGACCCUGGACAUGAAUCCGAAUCUAUACCUCCUCCAUCGCAACUAAACCACGAACCGGAGGCCUCUCAACCUAUACCAACAUCCAAUAAUACAACACAUCCCCUCUCCUCGACUCCAAAUCCCAAUCUCGACUCGCCGCCCCAAUUCCGCUUCAGAUUCACAGGCGUCAACCAGAAAGGCCCAAUACUCGGUUUCCGUCCACCGCCCCGGGCCCCAGUCUCAAUUCACCCAGAAGGCAUUGACGAGAAUCUGCUUCGCGAGAGUCUUGCCGAGGAGAGCUGA